AUCAUCUGGUGUAUGCUGAACGAAUUCAUAGUUUUCAACAAAUGUAUUACAGACCUGGUCAAUGCUGUUGGUAAAUUUUGAUAUGGUCAUUUCAGUUUGGUCAGAUUUGAUGUUGCUGUAAUGUACUGUGUUGUUAACAUGUUAUGGCAUGAAACCUUGAUCGUGCUGUUUGACCACUGACUUAGUUACUAUGACCAGCUUAACCCAUGAUCAUCACAGGCUACCUCAAUUGUUUCCAUUGAAAGGUCUAAAAAUCACAUUUAAAUGGCCACUGAAAUGUAUUGACUGACACUGUAUUUGUUUUGGGGUGUUUUGUUGGAACAAACACCAGUAACUGUAGUUUUAAUUCUAUGUUCAUACUUCUGGGGUAAAAUAGGGUGCUGUUUUGGAUGUGACUGUCUUUAAUGUAUACACACCUGUGCAUGAAGUGAAGUAAGCUGAUAAGGAAAUUUGUGUCCAUUCUGAAUGUUCGGUACUCACUUUAUGAAUUGUUUUUCUGGCUGAAAGCAUUUGGUCCGCCCAUGUGGGGUCAGCUUCUGAGGUGACUGACACACUAGUACACACACAUAUAUAUAUUUAUAUAUGUUAGUAUGUUUUGAGCCGUGCCGUGUCCUGACAGUGUGUAAGGAGGGAUUUCAUGAGAAACAUUUCUUCUUAUUUUAAAGGAGUGCUGUAUAUUUACAUGUGAUUUAUUUGGUUAAAGUUUAACCAAUCAAUGGAAUUUUAAUUGGAUUAAUAAGAUUAGAAGCUUAGAAGAAAUUCUCAUUGUGCUGUUUAGUCACUGUGUAUUGAAAUAAAGACUUCAAAAGUUGGCCAAGAAUCUUGGCCAAUACCAGUACUCCGUACGGUCACAUGUCUUCUAUGAUACUGAAAUUUGUGAUUGUUUUCUGACUGCAAGGAAUUUUGGCUCCAGACCACACUUGUGCUAAUAUUAAAAGCAUAGUAAUUCUAUAACAGAUAACGCAAUAGGUCAAACCUUUUGUGCGUAUGUUUUGACGUGCACAGAACAAGAGAAUAAUAAUAAACAAACGGAUUGAAUUUUUCAUGGUGUAACAGCUGCUUGUGAUUACAGUUCACUCCAGGCUGUGAAAAGUUGGUGUAUUGUGUUUUGUGGUGUAAUCAGAAGGUUGACACAAUUAACAUUUUCAAACAAGGUAUAAAAAAUGAGUGACAGAAAAGAAAAACGAUCGAAAAGUGAAGGUAAAAUACCAGCAGGUAAUUUGAGUAGAUAUCCCAAUGAAACCAAUCGUAGCAUUCCUGAUAUAGCAGCCAACGUCCCUCUGAUGGAGUCUUCAGGUGAUGACCAGAGAGGAACGGAGAAAUACCAGGAUGAGAGUGAGAUGGCGACAGGGAAGAAGAAUAAAUGGGGUGUAGCUUACUACAAACAGGAGUAUCCAGAGCGGGAACUGGAUGACGAUGUGAACCCCAAUGAACAGUUGGUGCAAGAUGUGUCCAGUACUGCAGUCUUGACCCCACUGGAUGAUGACCUUGUGGGUGAGGUCAAGGAGUUGGAGGAUCGUGGGAACUGGUCUGGAAGAUUUGAUUUCCUUAUGUCUCUUUUGGGAUACUCUGUGGGCUUAGGGAAUGUAUGGAGGUUUCCCUAUCUAGCCUACAGUAAUGGAGGAGGUGCCUUUGUGUUUCCUUUUGUGUUGAUGUUGCUGUUGUUGGGAAUCCCUCUCAUGUUUUUGGAGUUGUCCUUGGGACAGUAUGCUGCUUUAGGACCAUCUGUUUUGUUUGACAGACUGUGUCCACUCUUUCAUGGUAUUGGUUAUGGAAUGAUUAGUGUAUCAGGAAUUGUGUCCCUGUACUACACUGUCAUUAUAGGCUGGUGCAUUCUCUACCUCUUCACUUCCUUUACCAGUGAACUGCCGUGGGAAAAAUGUCAUCCAGAAUGGGCCUCAGAAUAUUGCUAUUCCUACAAGGAUGCAGAUGCCUGCCAUCAAGUUGCAGGACAGGUCUACUACAAACAAGUCUGUUACAAUGCCACUGUGGCCUUGGAACAAAACAUCAGUCUUCUGGCCAGCAAUGUCACGAAGCAUGCUCCUGCUCAGGACUUCUUCGAGCGUGGUGUAUUGGAUCAGUCUGGUGGUAUCGAGGAUAUUGGGAUCCCUCAGUGGAAAAUUACAUUGUGCUUACUAUGUGCUUGGAUAAUGACUUUUGCAGCUCUCAGUAAAGGUGUAAAAUCUACUGGAAAGGUUGUAUACUUCACUGCCCUGUUUCCCUACGUUGUGCUAUUUAUUCUGUUUUUCCGCGGGGUUACGUUACCUGGAGCUGCUGAUGGCAUCAUUUACUACCUUACACCUCGCUUUGAUAAACUGGGAGAAGCUAAGGUGUGGUCAGAUGCUGCAGCACAGAUCUUCUUUGCCCUCAGCCCAGCCUGGGGUGGUCUUAUAACACUGUCCAGUUACAACCAAUUCCACAACAAUUGUUUCAAGGAUUCUCUGAUUGUUGGUAUUGGAAACAUCUGCACCAGUAUAUUUGCUGGCUUUGUUAUUUUCUCAAUUAUUGGUUACUUGGCUCAUGAACUUCAAAUGCCCAUCGACAAAGUGGUAGAUCAAGGUGCUGGGUUGGCAUUCAUCGUCUAUCCUGACGUUGUGACAAGGCUACCUAUCUCUCCUCUGUGGUCUAUUCUCUUCUUUGUUAUGAUGAUCACACUUGGAAUGGGAAGUGAGUUUGCCCUGCUGGAGACCAUGAUGACAGCAGUACAAGACACAUUCCCACAACUGAGAGCCAAGAAAACCUAUGUUGUGGCUGUGGUGUGCUUCAUUGGUUUCCUGGGUGGUCUCUCUGUCACAUGUAACGGAGGCGUGUACAUUCUACAGUUGAUGGAUAAUUAUGUGUCCAGUUGGUCAGUAUUCUUAAUGGCAGGACUUGAGAGUGUAAUGAUUGGAUGGAUUUAUGGUGCAGAUAGAUUCAUUCGAGAUAUUGAAAUGAUGAUUGGAGUUAGAGGACCUUUUUUCCACAGGUUCUUUACACUGUUCUGGAAAUUCUUGUCACCCCUGACUCUAAUAUUUGUAUUCCUGUUCAAUUUGAUCCAGUACAAGCCCUUGGAAUUUGGCGACUAUGUAUACCCCAUGUGGUCUAAUGGAAUUGGAUGGAUACUUUCUUUGAUUCCAAUCAUCUUCAUCUCAACAAUUACUAUUUCAAAAAUCCUGAAAGCUCCCCAGGAGAAAUCAAUUAUAGAGAGAGUGAAGUUUCUUCUGAAACCAUCUCCUGCCUGGGGACCAGCACACAAAGUGCCAACUUUUGAUAUCAAUGAGCCCGAUGAGGGGAUGAUCUCAAACCCCAACUUCAGCACUGUUAUACCAAAUUAUGACCCUAGUGAUCCAAAGGUGUAAAUUUCAUUAGGAGUGAUGGCUUAAGGGGGAAGAAUUCACAAUGUCAUUUGCUCAACCCCCAAGAUGCGAACGAAUGCUUUUCAAUGCAAGUCUUUUGGUGUGUUACAUUGCUAUCCUUUAUCAACUCUAGAUAUCUUGUUAUCCUUGAUUGUGACAACUAGUUGAAAUUUUAUUCAUUGCUUUAUUUCUAAAUCUAAAUCCCAAGUUCCAAAUGAUGACUUUUUUAAAUUGAUGUACAGUUUACUGUACUUUAAAAAAAAAUGUAGCAAUAUUUGUUAUUGUUUUGACUAUUAUUUGAUAUAUUUUACUGCUAAGUAGUAUUUAGUGCUUAAAAGCAUGCUGGUAAAACUUGGCUUUUAUGUAUUUAUGAUUCUUUUAAAAACUAUUGGUCUAUACAACAGCUUUUUCUUCUGUGAUGCUUUGAUUUUUAUUUGGUUCUGGAUUUGUCAGAAUGUACACAUGUCACUUCUGUAAUGUUUCAAAUGUGUAUUUGUGUUCUGUGUAAUGUAGAAACAUGGUGUUUGCAUAUGAAUGUGGAAUGUUUUCAGAACUGCAAGCAUUUGAUUAAUUGAACAUUUUCCUUCAUAAACAUGCAUUAUGGGCAGCUUUUUGUUUUAUCAUGAUAAGGUUCGCAUAGUAUACAAACAUUUUCAGUUAUUGCUGCUGAGGUUUGAUAAGUUACUUGAUAGAAUUAUUUUCAUAAAAAAUUUUUUCUUCAUUUUGGUUAAUUUGAAUUUGUGGUUUAUUUGUAGAAAUUUGCAUGGUAACCAUAUGGGGAAAAAAGUUUUAUGUACAACUGUAUAUACAAAUAUCUGAGUGUAGAGUGCGAAUAUAGCCUGUUUGACACAUUCUUAUUGUGCUGUGGUUGCACAUGUUUCGUGUACUUAUAUUUAAUCGGUUAUGAGAUUUUGCUUUUAUGCUAUAGAAUUUAUUUCCUCCAUGAAUCAAAUAAAUCCUCAAUUAAAGUAAUGCAGCAGCUGUUUUGGCUUUUAAUUGUUGUAAGUAUGUGCCAAAUUCAAAACGUGCUUUUUAUCACUAUAAUCUUGUGUUGUUUUUAAAGGGAGACAAGUGCUACUCGUAUUAUUUUACUCCUGUAAUUUACAUGCAUUGUAUUAUGGUUUUAUUUUUAAAGAUCAAACUGAUUUUAAAGUUGGACCUUCAUAGUGGUACAUGAUGCAUCUUUUAAAUACCAUUUUCAUGGGGAAAAAAUUUAUAGAAUAAAGGUGCAAGUUUCCUUUACAUAAUAUUGUUAUUAUUAUCAACUGUUUGUAUCUUGUUUCUUUAAAGCAUCACUCAUUUUGCAUAUACUGUGUAGAAUGUUAGUUAUUAGAAUCUUGUAUAUAUAUCUAGAAUCUCACAUGUGUAUGCUACUUUUUUUGGAGAGAAUAGGUCUUGAAAUGCAUUUAACUUAGAUUCUAGGGUGCAAACAUUCAUUGGAAGACAGAAACAUAGAUGUACAUAUAUAUAUAUACAUGUAACAGGUUAGCAGCUACCAUAAGUUCCUUAUUAUCUCUCAGCCCACAAUACUUUGGUAAAAUUGCAUUGAUUUAAAUUACAUAAACCAUCUUAAUAAUCCUAAAUACAAUGUUCCAAACCUUUCAAAUCUUGUCACUAAAAUAUUGAAGAUAUUAUUUAUUGUCAUAAGAUAUUUUACUUCAAUGUAAAUUUAAAGUGAAGUUUUAAAAGACAAUACAUGACCCAAACUCGGCAAGGUUUCAGGAAAUGUUUAUGAUUUGACUAUGUUUUUGCAAUAGUACCGGUAUAUUUGUUUAUCAUCAAAUCAUUUUCGAGACUUGUUUAGUUGAAUUUCAGUUUAUAAUAGGAAUGAAAUUUUUUUUGAUUUAUCAAACCAAUGAAUGGGGAUUAUUUUAAGAGGUAAUCAUGCAGUUGAAGGAGUUGCUUAUCUCUUAUAUGUCUGACAGAGGCAACAGGGAAUCUGGUCGUAGUGAGUUUGGGAGAAUAUAAACAGUAAAUGCUAUAUAAAUGACAGCCUUUUAGAAUAGUUUCUCCUCCACAUCAUUCUUCAUGUGUUGAUAUUGAUCUCGAUCAUGUACAUAAUCACAAAGUCAGUUUAUUUAUUUUGUGAUUGUUUUAUAUACAGUGUAUAUUCAGUUGUUAAAACAGAUUUUGUGCACUUUCUAAUUCUGGUAGUUAUGAUGCAUCUGAUUGUUGAUAGCAAGAAGAUGGCGUACAUGUAGAACCCAGGCAGUGCUACUAAUUAAGAAAUGAGAUAUCAUUUUUUAUAACUUCAUUGGGACAUGAAAUGCAGUUUGUUGUGUGAUCAAAUCCCAUAAUGACUAAAGGUCAUGAUUGUGGUUUGAUCACAUGACCAACUGCAUUUCACAGCCCAUUGAAGUUAUAGAAAUGAUGUCUAUUUACUUGUGUUUACAAUUGUUGCUGAUUUAAGUCUUGUUAUGAUUUGGAAUUUAGAAAAUAUAAUUGAAUCGAGUCAUUGAAUUCUGAUAUUACAAUUGAUGUCACUUUAUUAUGACAUCACAAUUAAACCAUAUCCUAGGACAAACUACUUUGCAUUUGAAAUUUAAAAAUCAUUCCUGGAAUAUUAUUGCAGAAGGUAAAAUAUUUACAGGUAUUGAUAUUUUCAAAUUAAUUGUACACAAAAAAAACAAAACCAAAAAAAAAAGGGAAAGAAAUCAUACAUUCCACAAAGCACAUUAGUACUUGAAUUCAGGAAAAAGUGGCAUCACUGUCAAUGACAUUAACAGAUUACGAUGUCCAGAAUGCUAAGUAUUCGUGGCUACAUUUCUUGUUUCACUAGUGUUGCAUCAUGUACACCCACACCUCAUGCCAAAAAAAAAUGGAUUCAACAUGUGUUAGGCAAAUUCUAUGUUUCAUCAUGGAUAAAGCAAAGACGUGAAUCAAUACGUCUGAUUUCACCAAGUUCGAUUUUAUGGAAGUUUGAUUUUAUUGUAUAUUGCACAUCAUUUUUUCCCUCAAAGAGUAGCUUUACUUUAAAUGCUUUGAAUAGAUUUUUUUUUCAAUAAGCAGAUGUAGUCAUGUGAAACUGCACCUUAAAUAUGUUUUAGUAAAACCCACAGGGUAAAUAUUUCAAAUUUGUCUUCAUUAAAAUAGGGAGACGUUGAUCCCAAUGGACUAUUAUUUAUUGUUUUCCACAGUACUGCCAGGCAAAUAAGAUCUUGUGAAUGGAAGUACAUGUAACUCUAUAAAUUGUGAAGUACAUGUAAAUCUAUAACUUUAGAUCGAUUGCACUCAGUUUUACAGAUUUCAUGUUGAAAGCUAUAUAAAUGAAAGUCUGUGUAUGGUAUACUUUGUGGAUUUUUAAAUGGAUUUGCUGGAGCAAAUGUCUUAUUUACCUUGACAAAAUUUUAUCAUUACAAGCUGCUUUAUAUGUUACAGAGAAUUUGUUUUUCUUUGUUCAGUUGCUAAGAAUACUGAGAAAAUUGUUUUGGUAUUUAGUGGUGAGGCUAGUCAUUAUUUAUGAAAACGUGCAUUUACCUCAUAUUCAUUUGUACUAGUAUACUUUUGUCAAUUUUCUUUAACCAUAAGUCAGUGAAUUGUUACUUACUUGAAAAAGUAAAAUCAGGGUUUGUUUUGAGUGUUGUAAAAAUAGCCAUGUUAUGCCCACUUAUUAUCAAUUUAACAUGUAUAUGGAUUUCGUAUCUCUUCCCUUGCAUAAACCCCUCGUGGUUUCCUCUUCAAUUCACAAAAAAAAAAACCCCAAAAAAAACUAUGUAUGCACUUUUGAAUUUGAAAUGCAGAUGUAGAAGUUGAUACUAAUGAUGUGACGGUAUUUUUUGUCUACACUAUUGGAAAGGUUACAGUUACCCUAGUGUUAUUUGCUUUGCUUCCCUUCAUUGUAGAGGAAAUAUUAUGUUUUCCUCUCUAUGUGUAGACCAAGUGUUGUCUACUCAGUAUAUUGAGAACCCUCCAUUAACAGACAUCAGAUUUAAUACACGGCUGGCCAUGACAAAUGGAUGACCCCAAUUAAUUUUUAGAUCCAUAGGUCCUAGGGCUUUCUCUCUUGUAUUGAUUGUUCAGCUGAUAAGUGGAGAACCCUUUGUCCAAUGGUUGCCCAACUCCAUGGGCAGGUUGGUCAUGACAAGUGGAUGACUUUUGAUUUUCAAGCCAAAAGGUCCAGGGCUAUCUAGUUGAAAGCCCUUUUUGGGGCAUGCAUAUACAUGUAGUAAUUAUCUGUCCAAUAACCUAUGAACAAUGGACUGAAUAAAUAGUCCUCAACCUUCAUAGGCAUUUAUUAUCAGUAUCUAUAGUCUAAUGAAAAAGUUAUAAACAGACUGAAAUUAUAAAGGGCCUUAAUCACUACAUAUUACAUGUAUAUAUAUAUACCUUUAUUUACUAUGGCAUUUAUAAAUGUUGAUAUCACUGCAUAAUGUUGGAGGAUGAACCUCGUUCCGUAGGUGUUCUUGUAAAUAAGGGUGGUGGUAUAGUUUUCUUUUGACUUUGUUGUAAUCAAUAUAAUUAUACAAAAAAUGAUAUGUUCAGGUUUGUGGCUUUCCAUUCGUUGGAUGAAAUGUAUUAGGUAAUUUAGAUACAUUUGUGUUGACGUUUUUGUGCUAUAUUUUUAAUGAACAAACUUCUUAACUAUGGCUAAUUCUGUAUUGUGCAUUUUUUAAAAUGUUACCUUGAGAGAAAAAUUGAUUUGAAAAAGGUGUGUAAUUUUUUGUUGUUAAUAUGUGUGUAUUGACAGAGCACAAAAUUUGCAUUUUAAAAGGUUUGAUAUACACUGUACUUCACGAAUAAAACAUUUAAACAAUUCC